AUGCGUGGGGGAGGCCCCACUGCGCCCUUGCUGCUCCCGCAGCAGUUCGUGGAGCCACUGCCGAAUGCGCCGGUGGAGAUCAGUGCGCUGCACUACGGCCUUCUCUCACGCAGCGACAUUCACCGCCUCUCCGUCCUCCCGUGCCGACGCGUGAUUGGGGCUGUGAAGGAGUACGGCGUGAACGACCCCCGCCUCGGCGUCUGCGACCGCGCCUCCGUCUGCGCAACCUGCGGGCUGCGAAGCAUCGACUGCGUCGGUCACCCCGGCCACAUCGACCUCGAGGCCCCUGUCUUCCACCUCGGCUUCUUUACCGCAAUUCUGCGCAUCUGUCGCACGAUAUGCAAGCGUUGCUCCCACUUGCUGCUGGAUGACGCGGAAAUUGAGUACUACAGGCGGCGGCUCGCCUCCAAGAAGCUCGAGCCACUGCAGCGGGCUGCACUGAUAAAGACAAUACAGACCGACGCCUACAAGACGCGUGUCUGCCUCAAGUGUGGCGGAUUAAACGGAGUCGUGCGACGAGUGCGUCCUUUACGUCUUGUACACGAAAAGUAUCGCGUCGAACUGCGUCGCGGGGAAGAGGCUAUGGAGGACGGUGAAACAUUUUUUGACUGUGACCUGCGCACGGCGUGCGCGUACAACAAGGUGGUGGAGGAGAGCAAGGAGAACGUGCACGAGUUUCUCGAUCCGGCGCGGGUGCGUCAGCUCUUCCUCGCCGUGCCACCGGAGGAGGUCCUACUUCUUGGUUUGCAGCCUGGCACUAAUCCUGUUGACCUGCUCGUGUCAACGUUGCUCGUUCCCCCUGUCUCGGUGCGACCGCGCGGCAAUUCUGGAACCGCGGCGGUCCGUGACGACGACCUCACAGGGCAAUACAACGACAUUCUCACUAGUUCCGACACGCUUCAGGAUGGCUCGAUUGAUGCCACCAAAUACACGGAGACGUGGGAAAUGCUCCAAAUGCGUGCAGCUCGACUCCUGGACUCCGCCCUCCCAGGGUUUCCGCCGCACAUGCGUACCGCCGACGUCAAGUCCUACGCGCAGCGUCUGAAGGGGAAGCAUGGAAGGUUCCGAGGUAACCUCAGUGGGAAACGCGUGGACUUCUCCGGCCGCUCUGUGAUCUCUCCCGACCCAAAUCUCGACGUGGAUGAGCUCGCCGUUCCUCUGCGCGUCGCACGGGUACUGACGUAUCCACAGCGCGUUUUCAGGUCCAACCUGGAACUCAUGCGUAGGCUUGUACGCAACGGCCCAAAUGUACACCCAGGCGCCACCACAGUCUACCUCGCCCAGGAAGGGUCAAAAAAGUCGCUUAAUAACGAACGCGACCGUGAGUCGCUUUCGGCAAAAUUGUCGGUUGGUGACGUUGUGGAGAGACACGUCAUGAACGGUGAUGUUGUGCUGUUUAACCGGCAGCCUUCGCUGCAUCGUAUCUCCAUGAUGGCCCACCGGGCACGUGUGUUGCCGUUUCGCACGUUUCGCUUCAACGAAUGCUGUUGUGCCCCGUACAACGCCGACUUUGACGGAGAUGAGAUGAACGUGCACCUCGUACAGACGGAGGAGGCGCGCGCCGAGGCAUUUGAACUGAUGUCGACGGCGAAAAACAUUAUCAAUGCCAAGAAUGGCGAACCCAUUAUUGCCUGCACGCAAGAUUUUCUCGUCGCAGCCUACCUCGUGACGUCCCGCGACGUCUUUUUUGAUCGCUCGCAAAUGUCAUGGAUGGUCUCCCACUGGCUUGGGCCGGUUACCCAAUUUCGGCUACCGAUACCGACGAUUCUGAAACCGGCGGAGCUGUGGACGGGGAAACAGAUCUUUGAACUGAUCGUGCGCCCCUCGCCGGAGGUAAAUGUGCUGCUCAACCUUGAGGCCGCGACGAAGUUCUACACGAAGGCGGGCAAGCAAGACUGUGCCGCGGAGGGCUAUGUGGCAUUUCUUGACUCCUGCUUCAUUGCUGGCCGGCUCGACAAGAAGCUUCUUGGGGGCGGGUCAAAAGACGGACUCUUCGCACGCCUACACACACUUGCGGGCGGCGGAUACACGGCCCGAGUCAUGUCUCGCAUUGCACAAUUUACCUCGCGCUACCUGACAAAUUACGGUUUCAGUCUCGGCCUCGGCGAUGUUGCGCCGACGCCGCUGCUGAACGAGCAGAAGGCGGCCGUGCUUGCCCGCUCCUUCGCCACCUGUGACGGCCUAAUUGACGCCGCCAAAACCGGACGUAUGGAGCCGCUACCAGGUCUCACUAUACGGCAGUCGCUUGAGGCGCGCCUCAAUGCGGAGCUGUCAAAGGUGCGUGAUGAGUGCGGUACGGCAGCUGUGGAAGCGCUCUCUGUCGACACAAACACCCCGCUAAUGAUGGUGCAGUCUGGGAGUAAGGGUAGUGCGCUGAACAUUGCGCAGAUGAUGGCGUGUGUGGGGCAGCAGACUGUGAAUGGGAAGCGUAUUUUGAACGCAUUUCAAGAUCGUUCACUGCCCCAUUUUUAUCGCUUUGAAGAGGCGCCAAGUGCGCGUGGUUUCGUCGCCAACUCCUUCUACUCUGGACUGACACCAACGGAGUUUUUCUUCCACACGAUGGCUGGUCGCGAGGGUCUCGUUGAUACUGCGGUGAAGACGGCUGAGACUGGCUACAUUUACCGUCGUCUCAUGAAGGCCAUGGAGAACCUAAGUGUGCGGUACGACGGCACCGCCCGCAACACAAGGGGGGACGUGGUGCAGUUUAGGUUUGGCGAGGACGGCCUCGACCCACAGCUCAUGGAAGGCAUCGGUGGCACACCCCUCAACCUGGAGCAGGAGUGGCUCAGCGCGCGCGCCGCAAAUGCACGCUGGAUCGUGGAACGACGCGGCACCGUCAACGCCACGAGCAAGAAUAAAAGCAAAGUUGCUCGCGUCACUGAUGGGCAAAGGCGUGACGAGACACAGCGUGCGCACGGCGAGCGCAAACUCGCAUAUCUUGAUGAUGACGGGGAAUCCAUUUCACUGCUGCCCACGGAGGUGCCGGCGUUUGUCGCGGCGUGCCUGUCGGGAGACUCGGAGGCGCUUGCGGUGUGUGAGCGGCUGGAGCGGCUGGAGGAGAGGCACGACAGGGUGCGGGUCGUUGAAGGAAGGAGCAGGGAGGGAGAUGCGCCGCGGCGCCAGCGGACGCGUCGUGCGGAGCUGAUUUCCCGACUGUCGCGUGUGAGUAGCUCAAAGUUUAAGGACGACGUGGCGGACUUCUUUCAAAGGAUGGUGCGGGAGCAGCGGCGGAUUCGUGCGCUGCUGGAACUUUCCUCCGACUCGCGUGAGCGCGUAGGUGCAAAGGCGGCGUGCAACGGCUCACAGACGGCAACUGGGGAAGACGCCGCCGAGCUCCGAGUUCUUGAAACCCUCCAAACGGAGCUGCUCCCGCUGACGCAGGGGAUGCUAACCCGCUUCCUGGCACAGUGCGCACGCAAGUAUAUUCGCAAGGCCUGUGAGCCUGGGACGCCGUGCGGGGCGAUUGCGGCGCAGUCGGUUGGUGAGCCGAGCACGCAAAUGACACUGCGCACCUUCCACUUUGCAGGCGUUGCUAGCAUGAGCAUCACCCAAGGUGUGCCGCGCCUUGUUGAAAUUAUUAAUGCGAACCGCAAUAUUUCAACCCCGGUUAUCACAGCACCUGUGCGGAGACUGCGACGGGAAAAGGCGCUCUUGUUUAAAACGGAGGCGCAAGCGGGGGACGACGACUCACCGGAGGCGUUUGAAAGACGGGUUCGAAGUGUAAAGACACAGGUGGAACGCGUGGUGCUAAAGGAGGUGGUCUCGGAAAUCGUGGAAGUAUGCACAUGCACUGAAUUCUACCUUCGCGUGCACCUCAACAUGCCGGUGAUUGCCAAGCUGCAGCUGCCAAUUAAUGCCAUUACGGUGCGUCAACGCAUUCUCGCGGCGGCUGCGCGGCCAAUGUCGCCCUUGCGUCUCUUGCGUGAGGACUGCGUGGAGGUCAUAAGCCUUGAUACUCUGGCGGUGUAUCCAUACUUUUUGGAGGCUCACCGCGUUCACUUUAACCUGCGUCACCUGCUGUCGCUGCUCCCGGACAUUGUUGUGGGUGGUAUUGCUGGCAUCAACCGUGCGAUGAUCUCAUCCAACGGGGCGGAGGUACUCGCGGAGGGGGCGGAGCUGCGGGCGGUGAUGAACCUUCCCGAUGUGGAGUCGACGCGCGUCGUCUGUAACCACGUCGCCGUCGUGGAGCGUGUGCUUGGCAUUGAGGCGGCACGGCAGGUGAUUGUGAACGAAAUUCAAGGCAUUCUCAAGGCCUACAGCCUCAGCAUUGACAUACGGCACGUGUACCUUCUCGCGGACCUCAUGACGCAGCGUGGCGUUGUGCUCGGCAUCACGCGCUACGGCAUCCAGAAGAUGAACUUUAAUGUGCUGACGAUGGCCUCCUUUGAGCGCACCACCGACCACCUCUACAACGCCGCGGCGACGCAGCGCGUUGAUGAGAACCUCAGCGUCUCGGAGAGCAUCAUCGUUGGGAAACCGGUGCCUCUCGGAACGACCUCCUUCGGGCUUCUUCUUGACAGCGGCGAGAACGUGGUUGGAUCCUCGCAGUUCACCGCGGCCCGCACAAGGCGUGCGACGGGCAAGACGCUUCACCGCGUACGCCGCUCAAGUGUGCCCCCAAUUGCCGCGGAGAAUGCGUUUCGCCUGGACCUUUUUUAA